AAAGGGCUAAUUAAAAGAAUUUAAGUUGUUGACAAAAGAAAAGAAACUAUGAAUCGAGAUAGUAAACAUCAUCAAUACAGCAUUAAAUUGUUGGACAAUAUGGACAUUGUAUUCAGACAAAUGGUUUCAAAUCACAAAGAUUUAUUGAGCGCAACUAAUAUGUUAUUGGAUUCAUAUGAAACACUUUUGUCAGUAGAUGAUCAUUCAUUAUGCAAUUCCAUCGAUGACGAACAACCAUUUUUACUAAAAUUAAUCGAUAAUCUUCAUAAAGAAUUGAAAACUUUUCAACCAAAAACAAUUGAUAACCGUGAUUGUUUGAAAACGAUUCAUGAAAAGAUUUCAAAUUUAGCAUCCGAAAUUGAUAUUAUUCUUAGAGAUGGUGAUCAAAUAGAUAAUUUAUGUGAUGAGCAAUUGUCACCCGAUACGAUUCCUAUUGAAUCAAAUUUGGUGAUCAAUUCUGUUUCACCAUCACCUACUUCACCAUUGAAAACAUUAGAUGAUUAUCAACAAGAAUCUUCAUCAUCAUCAUCAUCAUCAGCAGCCGAUAUAAACUUGAAUAUAAUGACAAAAUUACAUCGAUUUGAAUUAUAUCAGAAUAGGUUACAAUUUUCAAAAUGUAAUCUUUGUAAUAAUGGAAUAUUACCAUUGAAAACAUAUUAUAAAUGUACUGAAUGUGAUUAUAUACUUGAUCAAAAUUGUUAUCAUAAAAAACGAAUUAUUUGGUCAAUAUUAGCAUGUAAACCUAUACCAAAACAAAAAUUAUCAUUAAAUUCAAAUGUAAUUGUUUUGAUGAAAAAAUGUUUUCAACAAAUUGAACAACGUGGUAAAGAACAUCGUCGUCUAUAUAAUACAAUGAAUAAUAAUGAUCAAGAAGCAUGUAAAUUAUUGGACAAAUAUCUUGAUUCAUCAAACAACAACAACAACAACAAUUCAACGAUAGCUAUAAGUAAACUUAACAUGAAUACAAUAUGUGCCAUGGUCAUAAAUAUUUUGAAACGUUUAGAUGAUUCAAUCAUACCAAGUCAACAUUGGAAUGAUUUUGCAAAACUAUCUGGUAUUAUCAUCAUGGACUGUGAUUAUCUAUAUACACCACCAUCACCAGAAUUGAUCGAAAGAAUUGCCGUUCGUCGUCGUAUGAUUUCUACACAAGGUAAAAAUGCACGUGGUGUAUCACCGAAUGUUGAUCCAGAAUUGCCACCACCAUGGUUUGAAAAAUCUUCGUUCGAACAUGCACAAAAAUUGUUCAAAACAUAUCGAGUGAUUCAAUUGAUUGGCUUAAAUUUGGUAUUAAAUUUCACCCACGGUCUGGUACCGUUGUUGGUGACCGGUAAUUCUAAAACCAUAUCAAAAUUAUUUGUUCGUUAUCUAUCGACAACAAUACAUGUAACCAAUUGGUUUCAACAUGAUCCAUUCGAUAAGAAAAGUAAAGCAUAUCGAUCACUUCGAAUGGUUCGUGGAAUGCAUCAAAAUGUUUCAAAUAAAAUGAAUACCGAAGCUGGAUUGAUUGAAGAUGGUCAAACUGUACUGUGGAUACCACAAUAUGGAAUGUGUCAUGCUCAAUUUUCAUUCGUCGGAAUGAUGACCGUAUUUCCUAAACAGUUUGGAUUUCAUAAUUUUACCGAAAAAGAUUUUCAUGCUAUGUUUCAUUUUUGGCGUGUUAUUGGUUAUUGUCUUGGUACUGAUGAUCAAUAUAAUCUAUGUUCGGGUAAUGAUCAAGAAACAUUUGAAUUAUGUCGUCAAAUUUAUUUUGAUGAAUGGUUACCGGUUAUUCGUUCGGCCAGCGAAAAAACUGGUGUCGAAAUGAGUAAAGGAAUUUGUAUUGCAAUGUCACAUGUUAAUCCAAAUCUUAAUUAUAAUGCAUUAAUGCGUUAUUGUUCACCAUUUCUUGAAUUGAAUCCAUUUGAUUAUCGAUUAGAAACUCGUCGUGAAAGAUGUCUUUAUCGUGUUUAUAUUUUUUUAUUUAAUCGUGCAUGUAAAUCCAGAAUGGUUAAUCGUUUAAUGGCACGUGCUGCUGAUAUUCGUUUAAAACGAGCAAUUGCAAAUCGAAAAUUUCAUGAAGAAAAUCUUAAAACAUGUUAUCCUAAUAUAAGUUAUGAAAAUGAUCGAUGCCCGUUUGAUGUUAAUUUUAAUUAUACAACUGCUAUUGAAACUUAUCAUGGCAAUAAAAAUAAAUAAAUAAAUGUUCAAUAUGUAAUUAAGAUUUUUUUUUUGUUUCAUUUCAUGGACGGUUUUUUUUCUCACUUGUACAAGCGCGAAAGAUGUGACAAAAACCCUGACCUCACAACAACAACAAUAAAAAAAUUAUUUAGUGAA